GGGAGGUGCUGAGUGCUGCCCUUCUCUGGGUGAUGGCAGGGCUGGGGCAGCUGCAUUUGUGCUCACGUGCUUAAGGAGCAACUGGGGCCAAGAGCUGCCCCUGCUGUAGGCGUACAAAGCUGGUACCAACCUCUUGGCUGCAACAGCAGGGGUGUCCUGCUGGGAAUGCUGUGAGGUGCACCAAGCACACACAGCUAAUAAAAACAGAGUGAGGGAAAAGUUCAGGGCUGGAAUUAGUUCCUUAUAUAAAGGGUUACUGCUCCAAUCUCAUUAGUGUCUUAAGGAGCAGACACUCAGCUCCUGCAGCUCCUGCAGUGCAAUCUGCUCAGCAAUCGGCUUUGGGAGCCCAGCAGGUGCCACCACAGCCAGAGCAGCAGCUCGGGGCAUCGUCCCAGCAGCCGGUGUGUGGGGCAGCCCAGCAUGGAGCAGCAGCUGCCGCCCCACAUCCCAUAGCUGGGUGCGAUGGGGCAGCCGGGGAGGCGGCGAGCGAGUCUGUCUGCCAGCCUGAGGGCUGGGGCACGGCGGGGCUGCUGCACACCAGAGGAAGAGGAGCUGCACAUCCCAUUUGCACAGGAGAGCCUGGUGAAGCAAUGGAGCUCCAUGCAGAACGUGGCAGACCGGAGCCAGGAGGACAGCAAGGUCCCCGUUCGAAGGAACAAGUACUUCCUCAAUCUUAAUGUGGGUGGCAAGUUGUUCCACAUCGCCUGCAGGGUGGUGGCCCGGUACCCCGUCACCAGGCUGGGGAAGUUGGCCACCUGCACCGACCCCACGAAGAAGCUGAAGCUCUGCGACGACUACUCGGUGCAGAAGAACGAAUACUUCUUCGACAGAGACCCUUCCAUCUUCCACUACAUCUUCCACUUCUACCGCAGCGGGGUGCUGUGGAUCAUGGACGAGAUGUGCCCCAGUAACUUCGUGGAGGAAAUCGAGUACUGGGGGAUCCACCUGAAGUACUCCCAGCGCUGCUGCCGGAUCCUGUUCGAGGAGAAGCAGGACGAGCUCAGCGAGUACCUGAAGAUCCAGAAGGAGCUGGAGGCGGAGCUGGAGCCCACGGACUCGGCAGAGCAGUUUGAGGGCAAAUGUUUGGGGAGGUUCCGCAGGGCGAUCUGGAACCUCAUUGAGAACCCGUAUUCCUCCGUCCCGGCCAAGAUCAUCGCCGUCAUGUCCAGCUUCUUUGUGCUCAUCUCCAUCGUGGGCAUGACGCUGAGCACGGUGGAGGAGAUGAAGCAUAAGACAGGGAAGAAGUGGAUGGAGCAGAUGGAGAUGAUCUGUGCCAUCUUCUUCACCUCCGAGUACCUGAUGCGGCUCAUCUCCUCCUCCAGCUUCAAGAACUUCCUGCGGGCAGCGCUCAACGCCAUCGACCUGGUGGCCAUCCUGCCCUUCUACAUCCAGAUCCUCUUUGAAAACCUGGAUGAGGGAGAGACGCUGUACCACGAGGAGCUGCACAAAGUGGAGAACGUGAGCAAGCUGGGCAAAGUGCUCAAACUCAUCAAGCUCAUGCGGAUCUUCCGCAUCCUCAAGCUGGCCCGGCACUCCACAGGGCUCCGCGCCUUCGGCUUCACCAUGAGGCAGUGCUACCAGCAGGUCUGCUGCCUCUUCCUCUUCAUCGCCAUGGGCGUCUUCACCUUCUCCGCUCUCAUGCACUCAGUGGAGCACGACGUGCCGGGCACCAACUUCACCAGCAUCCCCUACGCGUGGUGGUGGGCAGCGGUCAGCCUCUCCACUGUGGGCUAUGGGGACACAGUGCCUGACACAGUGCUGGGCCGGAUUGUGGCGUUCGGCUGCAUCUCCUUUGGCAUCAUCCUCAAUGGCAUGCCCAUCUCCAUCCUCUACAACAAGUUUUCGGACUACUAUGCCAAGCUGAAGGCACACGAGAAUGAGAGCAGCCUCUCACUGAAGCUCUCCCGGCGGCUCCGUCUGAAGCAGCGCGUCCUGCGGCGGCUGUCGGAGUGCUGCCGCUCCGAUCCCCACGGCCACCACUGAGCCCCAGCACCGGGUAUGUGGGGAGCUGAGCUGGGGAGCAGGGUUUAAUAAAGCAGCCUCAAACCGU